CAUCAUCAUCUCGCUGGCUCCUCUUUAUUUAUGUGCUCGACACCAACCUCUACCUCCACCGCAUACACAAACAUUUUCUCUCCUCCCAAACAAACCUUAAACUCCAUUAAAUCUCUCUCUCUCUCUGCCCCUUCACUUUGAUAAUUCUCUCCGUUAUUUUUCUUGAAUUAAAUGGGUAUAUCAAAACGUGGUCAUAGGUUUUUCAAGUUUAGAAUUCCUCUUAAUAGUUCGUGCCAAACCAAUCUCACCAUCUCUAAAUUUUUCUAGAUUUUCUUGGUUUGAAAAAUUAAAAAGUCUUUUUAUUUACUGUUUGGAUUCUUGAUCAUCUCUCAAAAAACUGCAAAAAAUAGUGGUUUUGUCUUUUAUAUAAUUUUAAGGUGUGUUAGUUGGAUUAAGACAGAUGAUUAAUGCAAAGGAAUAUCAGUUCGCACAUGCAGUAGUUGAAAUGGCUAAAAUUAUGCUAAAAGUGGAUUACUCGAGGCUUUUUUGGUUACUUUUUGGUGUUUUUUCUUAUGAAUAUCACGAAGGCAAACCUCGGAUCCUCUAGCGUCGACUACUCUCCUCAUACAUAUAGAUUUUAGCCUAGUUUUAAACCUCUUUCUACAUUUUUUACUGUUUUUGAUACUGUUUAGAUACUAUUAUUAAGCUGAUAUUAAGAGAACAAGGGUUGUUAAAAAUCUUUUAAUCUCAGCCAGCCAUGAAGAAAAGUUGUGGAAUUAAAGGAGGUGGAUCCAUUGAUGGAGCAAAGCACCAACUUGGUUAUGUCGAAACUGAUCCUUCUGCUCGCUAUGGACGUUUCAGAGAAAUUCUUGGCAAAGGAGCCAUGAAGACAGUAUACAAAGCCUUUGAUGAAGUUCUUGGAAUGGAGGUGGCAUGGAAUCAAGUCCAACUUAACGAUGUUUUACGGUCACCGGAGGAACUACAGAGACUAUACUCCGAAGUUCAUCUCCUUAAGAAUCUCAAACACGACUCCAUCAUCAAAUUCUAUGCAUCCUGGAUCGAUGUUGAAAGACGAACCUUUAACUUCAUCACUGAAAUGUUCACCUCAGGAACGUUAAGAGAGUACCGAAAGAAGUACCAAGGAGUAAAUAUUCAAGCAAUCAAGAAUUGGGCGCGUCAAAUUCUCCACGGACUUGCUUAUCUUCACGGCCAUGAUCCUCCGGUGAUUCACAGAGAUCUCAAGUGCGAUAAUAUAUUCGUUAACGGUCAUCUUGGACAAGUCAAGAUUGGUGAUCUCGGCUUGGCAGCUAUUCUUCGUGAAUCACAACAUGCUCAUAGUGUCAUAGGCACACCAGAAUUUAUGGCACCAGAAUUAUAUGAAGAGAAAUAUGAUGAACUGGUUGAUAUAUAUUCGUUUGGCAUGUGCGUGUUAGAAAUGCUCACUUCUGAGUAUCCUUAUAGUGAGUGUUCCAAUCCUGCUCAAAUUUACAAGAAAGUAACCUCGGGAAAGUUGCCUGAGGGAUUGUACAGGAUUACAGAUCCUGAAGCCCAGAAAUUUGUGCUGAAAUGUUUAGAGACGGCUUCGAAGAGGCUGCCAGCGCGAGAGCUGUUGUUAGACCCAUUUCUAGCACCCGGUGAAGCAAAGGUGAUGCCGGUCGCAAAUAUCCCGAUUCAAAGGUCACUUUCUAAUGGAUCAGAAGGGGUGAUGCCAUCUUUAUUGGCUGAUCCAACCAAAGACACAGAAAUGACUAUCACAGGGACUAUGGAUCCUGACGAUGAUACAAUUUUCCUCAAAGUUCAAAUUUCUGACAAAGAUGGACACACAAGGAACAUAUACUUUCCGUACGACACAAUGACCGACACAGCAAUUGAUGUGGCAGCAGAAAUGGUGAAAGAAUUGGAUAUUACUGAUUGGGAGCCAUUGGAGAUUGCUGAGAUGAUUGAGGAACAAAUCACAUCUCUAAUCCCAAGCUCACAAGAUCUUUUAUUCUCCUCACAAGGCCAACAAUACCACCGGCAGAUCAGCUUCAACUACGAUGAUGAUGACGAAAACGACGAUGAAGUUCAUCAUCCUUUCCGCUCUGUCUCCUCCCGCUCUUCGUCUCAAGCUUCUCUUUUAGCUCUAAGCUCUUCGUAUGAGAAUCACCAUCUCCAAAGUGGAAGCAUCAACAAUGUAGCUUCUAGCCAUGAUUGGCUUCAAGGAGAACUUUGUCUUAAUGAUGACACAAGCUCAGAAAGCUCAUCAUUCAACUCCUUCAACUACUCCAACAUAAAUUACUGCUCAGGCAUUGAAGACAACAGCUACGAAGAACAUUAUUCGAGCUCCGAAAAGGUGGCACAUCAGUCUACGAGAUUCUCUCCGGCAGAUAGCAGCUCGUAUGCGAGAAAUCAUCGGGAAUGUAGCAGCUCGAAUACGCAGCAGAAGUUAAGCAGAGCUCGAUCAGUCGUUGAUUUACGUAGCCAGUUGCUGCAUAGAUCAUUGGUGGAGGAGAUACAUAAGAGGAGAUUGUUCAAGACUGUUGGUGCUGUUGAAAAUAUUGGUUUUCAGGAACCUGAUUUUUCCAGAAGAUGGUGAAAAGAAUGUCCCGUUAAUCUCUUUUGUUAGAGGUUAAGUUGUAAUAUAUGUAAGCUUUGCUAUGUGUGUUUUUUUUUUUUUUCAAAAGAAUGUUGCGAGUGAGAACUGUUUAUAAACUCAACCAAUGUUUUGCGGGUUGCUUAUUCCAAUAAAAUAUUUGUUUUUAUUUUUAAAGAACUAGAGCAGGGAUUAAUUCUAAAAUAUCAAGCUCGAGAUUGAUUGGAUUAUUAGCCAAAAUGGUGUCCAAACUUUGUACUACCUUGUAUUAAAAUGCUAUUCAAUUUUUAAUUUGUCUUUUUUUGGUACCA